AACAUCACACGAAUGCCACGAGAGACCAAGAAACACGCAGUGGCCAUUAUUUUCUGUGAUGAGACGUCAAAGACAUUUGCCUAGCUGGAGGCUGAGGAGUGGUGGAAGUUAUUGUGUUUGGAGUGUCUGGGCAGCAGACUUAAUGACAUCAGCCUGGGAGAACCGGACUUGUUAGCAGCAGGGGUGCAGAGGGAACAGAACGAGAGAUUUAACGUAUACUUGAUGCCGACCCCAAACCUGGACAUCUAUGGAGAGUGUACGAUGCAAAUCACUCACGAGAACAUCUACCUUUGGGACAUUCAUAAUGCCAGAGUCAAGCUGGUCAUGUGGCCACUCAACUCCUUAAGGAGAUACGGCAGAGACUCCACCUGGUUCACUUUCGAGUCCGGGAGGAUGUGUGAUACCGGGGAGGGUUUGUUCACGUUUCAGACCAGAGAAGGUGAGAUGAUCUAUCAGAGAGUUCACUCUGCUACGCUGUCGAUCGCAGAGCAACAUGAACGCAUGAUGAUGGAGAUGGAGAAAAGCUCACAGACUCUUUCAAACGAGAGCACAUUAACAAAGUCGAUAUCUCUGCCGCGAAGCGCUUACUGGCACCACAUCACGCGUCAGAACAGCGUGGGAGACAUCUGCAAUUACCAAGGUACGAGUUUGACUAUGACGCUCAUCCCACGAGCGCAGACGUUUCAGAGCUUCCUCUCCGAGCGGACGGAGGACGAGCAGCAGAAUCGGGAUCAGGCGACAGCGGCCUCUGGCGGACACGGUCGGGACUGCAGCUCCUCGCCGCUCCGCUGACGUAACUACUCCUUGACAAACAAAACGAACGAAAAAAAGCCACGAUUCCCGGACAUUCCAAAGCUUUAGGAAGCUCUUAGACACAUGUACAGUUAUGAACUCUCUCUAUAAAUGUAUGUAUAUGUAUGACCUAAUAAAUAUUUGUAGAACAGUGUGUAUAGUAGGAGGCUUUUGUACGUUGAGGAGAAAAAAAGAACAAAUGCCAAAAAAGUUGUAUCAUAAAUUUUAUUUUCCUGGUGUAGUUUAAGACAAAUGGACUUUCUGCAGUUAUUUUUCAGAUUUGAUGUAAAUACUGAAGCGCUGUAGUAGCGCUUCUUCUGUCUGUCGUUGUAAUAUGGGACACUUUUCUGUCAAAUAUGAGCGUUUGUGUUUUAGCACCCUGCACUUUUAAAUUAUUAGAGCUUGUUUUGCACUUUUCGUCAUUUCCUUUGGCUUUGUGCGCAGCCAUGAUGUCUGAUGAGUGCAGUGUGAUGCUUUGGGGGAAAUUACUGGAAAAUACAUAACUUUAAAGACAUCGUUCACCCCAAAUUUGGCCUAUUCUGGCCUAAUUAAAGGGUUAAAUUACACACACAAAAUUAAAGUUUACUUAAUAUUCACUCCUCAAACAGUUCCAAACAUUUUAUUUUCUGUUCAACACAGAAGAUAUGUUGCAUAUGGUGUCCAUUGUCCCAUAAAAAUAGGGUAUAUGUCGAAGCAUGCUAAUAGGACUUUUAAUUUGCCAGUAACCUGGGUUAAUCGUUUCCGGUGAAUUGUAUGCCAAUGCAAAAUCAGCGUGUUUAAUAUCUGUUUUCUUCAUAAAUCAGCGAUCUCCACUGGCUGACUGAUAUCCGAUAUAAAGUGGGUCUCAGAAUUUACAAGAAGCACUGCAUUCCAUUACAUUACAUUGUCUUUAUAAUGUGAGCAUUUAUUUUACGCUUGAGCUACUAAAUGCCAAAGUUUGUUUAACUGAUUGUAUUUUAAUUACAUUACAACAUCGAUGCUGUAAAAGGAACUGUGUAAAAUGGAAAAAACUCACAAUAACAGGUCAC